AUGGCUUCUCCAACAGCAAGACGCACACUGCUGCUCUGCGUCAAUGAUCUCAGGACUGCGAGCUCCCCAAAUCGUCACGUCAACAACUUGCUUCCCCGCAGAAGCCUACACCAGCGCCAAUCAAGAGUCAGACCAUGGCUCGCCUCGCAACAGCAGCAUGAUAUUCGAUACUUUUCACAUUCACGACUGAGACAGCGCGAGGCUGCACCAUCUCCCAAGCUCGCUGAUGAUGACCAGCCCGUCAUUGACCGCACCAGGUCGAAGCUGUUCAAAGACGCCGACGAGGCUGUUGCAGACAUCAAGUCCGGCUCCACGAUCUUUAGUGCCGGGUUUGGACUCUGCGGCACGGCCGAGACGAUCAUCACGGCCCUGCACAAGCGUGGGCCCGACUCGCUGAACAACCUCACUGCGGUGUCCAACAAUGCUGGCGCAGCAGGCGCCGGAGGCUUGUCGCCGCUGACCCAGUCAGGCCAAAUCACGCGCUGCAUCCUCUCAUAUCUCGGCAACAACAAGAAACUCGAACAGAAGUACCUGAACGGCAACAUUGCGAUUGAACUAUGUCCGCAAGGGACGUUGGCGGAACGUAUCCGCGCUGGCGGCAGCGGGAUCCCGGCAUUCUAUACCCCGACUGGUGUUCACACAUUCAUUCAGACGGGCGAGAUCCCGACACGACUUGGCCCCGCAGACCCGGCGACGAAGAAAUCCGUGGUGCUUGAGCCGGGCAAGGCGCGCGAGACGAGGAUAUUCAACGGCAGAACCUACGUCAUGGAGACCGCGCUGACGGGCGACGUUGCCAUUAUCCGGGCAUGGAAGGUCGAUGAGGCAGGGAACUGUCAGUUCAGAUACACCACCAAAGCAUUCGGCCCCAUCAUGGCCAAAGCAGCGCGCCUGACGAUCGUCGAGGCCGAAAACAUCGUGCCCAUCGGCUCGAUCGACCCCAACGACGUACACCUCCCGGGCAUCUUCGUCGACCGCAUCGUGCCCGCCACUGUCGAGAAGAAGCUGGAGAUCAAGAAGACGCGACCGACUUCUUCCACCUCCGAGGCAUCAGCCGCGUCGGCCAAACCCGAGUCCGACAAAUCCGACGCGCUCGUCCGGCGCGACCGCAUCGCGCGCCGUGCCGCCAAGGAACUCAAACACGGCAUGUACGUCAACCUGGGCGUGGGGAUGCCGACGCUCGCGCCCAGCUUCCUGCCCGAGGACGUCAAGGUGUGGAUCCAGUCGGAGAACGGCAUCCUGGGUAUGGGCGCGUACCCGACCGAAGACGAAGUCGACCCGGACAUCAUCAACGCGGGCAAGGAGACGGUGACGCUCGUGCCGGGCGCGGCCACGUUCGACAGCGCCGAGAGCUUCGGCAUGAUCCGCGGCGGGCACGUCGACGUGUCGAUCCUGGGCGCCCUGCAGGUCAGCGCCGCGGGCGAUCUCGCCAACUACAUGAUCCCCGGGAAGGUGUUCAAGGGCAUGGGCGGCGCGAUGGACCUGGUCUCCAACCCGGGCCAGACCAAGAUCGUGGUCACGACGGAUCACGUCGACAAGUACGGCGCGCCCAAGAUCGUCGAGGUGUGUUCGUUGCCGUUGACGGGCGCGCGCGUCGUCAGCACCAUCAUCACGGACUUGUGUGUUUUUGAGGUCGACCGCGUCAAGGGCACGUUGACCCUGACCGAGUUGGCCGACGGCGUGACCGUGGACGAGGUCAAGGCGAAGACCGGGGCCAAGUUUGCCGUGGCUGAGGAGCUUGGGUCCAUGGAGUGA